CCAUGGCCGCCGUCGCGCGUGCCCGGGAGCCUCCCGAGCCGCGGCCCGGAGUGGGGGUCGGCGUGGUGGUUCUGAGCCCCAGGCAUCCCGGGUGCGUCUUGCUGGGAAAGAGGAAAGGGUCGUUUGGAGCCGGCCGCUUCCAGCUUCCUGGGGGCCACUUGGAGUUCGGUGAGACCUGGGAAGAAUGUGCUCAAAGGGAAACCUGGGAAGAAACUGCUCUUCGCCUGAAAAAUGUCCGCUUUGCCUCUGUGGUAAAUUCUUUUGUUGAGAAAGAGAAUUACCAUUAUGUCACCAUAUUAAUGAAAGGAGAAGUAGACACAACUCAUGAUUCAGAACCAAAGAAUGUAGAACCUGAAAAAAAUGAAAGUUGGGAGUGGUUCCCUUGGGAUGAAUUUCCUCCACUAGACCAGCUCUUCUGGGCACUCCAGUGUUUAAAAGAGCAAGGCUACAAUCCAUUUAAUGAAGAACUGAACCACCUAAAAGGGUACAAAGGAAUCAUCUCUAAGUGACCAAGAAGAGUCCUUGCUUUAAAAAAAAAAAAAAAAAAAAAAAAGAUAAAAAUGAGAUCUUGUUCAUGAAUGAAAAUAUCUGUAUUUCAGAACAGCUACAUUUUAUUCAAAAAGUUCCCUAUGAUUACCCAUAAUCACAGUCUUUUUAGUAUAGCUAGCACACCUUAAAUCCUUAUGGAAUAUGUUACUGAAUAUAUUUUAGAUACAGAAUAAGAGAAAUAAGGAUUUUUUUGCUUACUUUGUUUUCUACGUUUUCCUGGUAGCUUCUGUGUAGUUAAUCAAUGGCUUCACUGGAAUAGUAUGUAAUAGAAUAGUAGCAUGUAAUAGAAUAGUAGUGUGUGAUAGAAAAGGUCCGAAUUCAGGUGUCAUAAACCAAAAUCAAAAACAGAAGACUAUUGUAGAAUGUAUCAUGCUUGUUGGAUUUCAUUUUCACUUUUCUUUAAGCAGAUUUUUUGUAGCACAUUUUGAUAAUUUAUGGACAAUUUUCUUUUGAGAUAGGUUCUCAUUCUAGCCCAGGCUAAUCUGGAGUUUGCUAUGCAGUCUCAGGGUGCCCUUGAACUCAUGGCAAUCCUCCUACCUCUGCCUUCCAUAUGCUGGGAUUAAUGGUGUGUGCCAUCAUGCCCAGCAACACUAUGACAACAUAUCUAAUAAGAAGACAAGUCAGGCCAGUAUGAUGUGUUGUCCUUGUUUCUAUAGAGAACCUAUACUGAAUGUAACACAAACCAACUAAGUCUGUAUCCUACUAUUCAAGGCCAGAUCCUCUAAACCCUUACUCUCUCUGCCUGAGAGCUAUAUCUUUACAUGCUAAUGAGGAGAUUACCCUAUGGCACUGCACUUUUUCUCAAGGUGUGAGGGGAUCUCAAAAGAGGACUCUCGAGGAGGCCAAAAGUUAGUUUUUUCAGCAAACUAAAAUUUGAAAAAUUCAACAGUGGAAAUUCUCACAGGACAGCAUAUGCACGGCCACAGCUUGUCCUCAGUUGAAGCUGAUUUUCUGUCCUCUGCUGUGUAUUUAGAAAGGGCUCUAAAUUCUAAAGAAUGACUUCUGAUAUCAGUACCAUCCCGAGACUUAUCAUCAAUUCACCAGCCAGCCAGCUCCUGUACAUCAGUCUAGGCUCAGCCCUGGAAUCAUAGGUGUGCUUGUCUUUUUGGACAGGUAUAUCAACAUCUGAUGGUCCUUGUGGUGGAGGGGUUUCUCCAUGGCUGCUGAGCAGGGACUAGCCACACUGCACAGGCUCCAGAUGAUCUCUUCAUCCUCUUCUUUGGGACCUUGUUCUUAAAGCAGUAUUCAGAGUUCACAUUGCUAGUUUUUGGUCAAAGAGAAUAAGAAUGGUGCAGGAAACUUUUGGCUAGUGCUGCCUCCCCUGUUAUAAUGUAGAGCAGACACAGAUGACUGAGAACACUUCGUUAGGUACAACCCACUGUUACGUUAUUUUAUUGGUUUUUCGAGGUAGGGUCUCACUCUAGCCCAGGCUGACCUGGAAUUCACUCUAUUCUCAGUGUGGCCUUGAACUCCACCUAACCUCUGCCUCCCUAGUGCUGGGAUAAAAGGCAUGCGCCACCACGCUUGGCUCCCCACUGUUAUUUUUAAUGGCAUUAAGACAUUUGACUUUUUUUGAAGAGUCACUAUAAAUAAGAACUUGCUGGUUUAUAUAAUUGAAAUACAUUUAUUGUCUUCAAGGUAAAGCAAAUUACUAUAUUAAUAAAAUGUAAAUAUUAAAUGGUUGCUUAAAACUUUUAAGUUGAGGCAAAUAUAUGACUUCAUUAUUUAUAUCCUAUAUAGUCCAUUGUAAAGUAUUUCCAUUAUCAAUUAGCAUCCAUUUAUAAAGAUGCAUUCUUAACAUUGUUUUGGCCAGUUGAAAUACAGCAGGAAAAUUAACACAGUUCAAAAAUAUCAGCCAUGCAUUUCUGCUACAUAGUAAACACUAUGAUAAGUAUUGCAUUAAGGUUCUAAUUAAUCUUUUUUUUGUUUAUUUGUUGUUUUUGUUUUAUUUUUCAAGGCAGGAUCUUGAGCUAGCCCAGGCUGACUGGAAUUUACUAUGUACUCUCAGGGUGGUUGGGAGCUCAUGACAAUCCUCCUCCCAAGUGCUGUGAUUAAAGGUGUGCACCACCAAGCCUGGCCGUGAUUAAUCUGUAUUACUCAUAAAUUUGUUUUAAAUACUUUCAGCAGUAAUUUGGACACUUUGACAACUUAAAGGCAAUUGAUUGCUACUCUUCACAAGAAGACUGAUCUUAAAAAAUGAAAAUUUAGGGCUGGAGAGAUGGCUUAUCAGUUAAGGUGCUUGCCUGCAAAGCCAAAGGACCCAGGUUUGACUCUCCAAGACCCACAUAAGCCAGAUGUAUAAGGUGGU